AUGCGCGCGAGCGACGGGGCGACGACGACGCGCGCGUCCGCGCUCUCGUCGACGGGGACGUUGGGAGAGACGCACGCGCCGAGAACGCUCGCGGAGUGCGUCGCGGCGAAGAAGAAGGUUGAGCGCGUCCGCGCGUGGCUCGCGAAGGGUGGCGCGCUGUGCGCGAGCGGACCGUCGGGAUGCGGGAAGGCGAGCGCGAUCACGUGCGCGGCGCGAGAGUUUGGGUACGGGGUGGAGGAGUACGCGGCGGCGACGCCGACGCUGUGGCGCGAACGCGCGCACAUCGAAAACGGCGACGAUGGAACUCGGGUGGAGUACUCGAGCAAGGUGGAUGAAUUCGUGGCGUACUGCUCGCGGGCGACAAAGUACGCGCCGCUCGCGCUCACGCUGACGUCGACGAAGACGAACGAGAGCGACGGGCGAUCGGGCGGCGGGACGACGUCGAUGAUGGCGUCGCGGAAAGUGGUGUUGUUGAUUCGAGACAUUCCGAGCAGCGACGCGAACGGACGCGCGCGAGUGCUCGAGGCACUUCGCGCGCUCGCAGCCUCGCGGGGUGGACCACCGGUGGCGGUCGUCGUCACGGAGGAAGAAGAACGCGGUGGUCAUCGGUCGGGCAGAAGCGCAGAGAUAUCUGCCAAGGAUGUACGUUCAGUGAUGGAAAAGGCGGGCGCUCAAAUCGUCGACUUCAACGCGGCGACGACGGCGGCAAUCACCAAGGCGCUGACGCGCGUGUGCGAACUCGAACACUUCGACAUGUCGCCGUCAGACAUAGAUGCAAUCGUGCAAAACUCGCAUGGGGACGUGAGGAGCGCGCUCGGAGCGUUAGAGUUCUGGUGUUUCGGGAAGAAUAGGACGGGACGAACGGCGCCGCCGACGAAACGCAAGCGCGGCGAGCCGAAGGAAGCGCCCUCUGCAGUGGCGUCGGCGCGCGCGCUGCUGAGUUCUCGCGAUCAAGGCCUCGGACUGUUUCACGCUCUGGGAAAGUUUCUGUACAACAAGCGCGACACGCACGAUUUGAUGAACAUAGCUGGAUUCGAAACGCUGGAUGAGCGAUUGCGGCGGCCACCGCAGCGAUACGAUCCCGAAGACGUUCUCGCGCGAUCGGGUAUCGGCGCCGAGACUGCGGUGGGAUUCUUGUUUGAAAACUUUGUAGAUUUCGUAGAUUCUAGGAGCAUAGAGUGGGUGGCCGCAGGAGAGCGUUAUUUGUCGGAUGCGUUCCUCUUGGCGAGAGGCGGCGUUGGUUCACGCGGAGGUGGCAUGGCUUCGCGCGGAGGUUGGGAAGACGUCGGCGACGAUGAUGACGCCGUCCUCGAUCCCAACCUCGUGGCAGAGUACACUGCCGGCUCGGUCGCGACGCGUGGAGUUUUAUUUUCGUCCAAACGUUCGGCUGCCGGAUUCUUACCGAUGCGCGGUCCGCGUGCGGCAAAAAUGGAGCGAGCGGCGGCGACAAACAGUGAGGAGGUUCGCGCUGUCGUCGCCGCCGCUUUGGAGGGCGAUUUCUCCGUUGGAGGCACAACCAACGCGGUGGCGACGGAGAUGCUCCCGGCGCUGCGCCUCAUCGCCGGAUCUUCGGCUCUCGGUGCGUCUCUCGUGCCAUUCCUUCCGACGAAGUGGCGGCAUCCCGGCGAAGACGACGCCCAGUUCACCGCACGGAUGGCCACCGUUCCCGAGGGCGUCGCCGCACCUCGUCCGGCAGAUUUGACCAAGGGCGUCGCUCACGCGCUCGAUCGCGGCGCCAGAGGCUCGCACGCGCGUCCGCUCACGCUGGAUGAUCUAGACGACAUGGAGGACGACAUCGAAGACGCCUCGGGUUCGGAAUCGGACGACGCGUGGUGA